AUGAAUCCAACGACCUCGAACCCUCUUGAGGAAGGCGAGGGAGCGGGCAGCACUCACCUGGCUAGCAGUUCUUCGGCCCAAGGUGCGGAAAUGACAUCAUCCGAUAGGGCUGGUGGCUUUGGCGGUAUUCCAGAAGCUCUGCUAUCGAGGUUGAUCAUGGAAAUGCCCGUCGAAGAACACGGGUACAAUGGUCGAAUGAUCUGCGAGAACUGUGAAGAACGGGUUGAGAACUUUGGGUCAUCUUAUUCUACACCAGACAAGAGCCUGGCGACCCAUGGGCCUGAUAAGGGCUUAAACCUAGGAGGCCUUGCAGAGGGCAGUUCUUCCAAACAUGGACGUGCUGGAAAUGCUGAGCAGGAAGCUUACAACAAAAUGAGAGCAUCAUACCAGCAUCUGCAAAUUGAAAACUAUCGUUUGGCCUAUCAGAAUGGUGAACUCAAGGAACAUAUCGCUCAUUUGAUUACUGAGCUGCAGAAAGCGAAUGCAAGGAUACACGAACUCGAGAACCACCCAACCGCCCUGACUCCCGAACUCCAGAAAUAUUUCGAAGGAUUUUAG